AUGUCAGGCGCUGAUACAAAGUCUCGCUUGAAACGCGAUAAAAGUAAAUCAUUAUUAGACGAAGCAAAUUCAUUGUCAAAUCAACCACCGACAAAAAAACAAAAACGUCAAACUACAAUAAAAGACCAUAUGGAUAAUUCUUCAACAAUAGACAAAAUUUCUCUUAAUCAAUAUUCAAAUGGUUCAUCGGCAUUUCGAUCAACAUCGUCCUCAUCAACGUCUUUGCCGUCCCCAUCUUCUCAAACUACAUCCAAUGUAGCAACUAAAAAACUUGUUAUUAAAAAUUUAAAAGCUUCUCAACAAUUGCCAAAUAAUUAUUUUGAUAAAAUAUGGCAAUUAUUAAAACAAGCACUCGAAGCUAUCCUAACAGGUACGAACAGUCCAUCAAAUGAAGAACAAUUAUAUCGUCAUAUUGAUAAUUUAUGUACAACAACAACAAAUGAUACAUCAACAAAAUCAAUGUCUUCGCUACUCUAUGAUCAUCUGAAACAAGUUUUCGAAGAUCAUAUUCAAACAAUGUUGCCGACAUUAACAACAGAAAUGAAUGACAGUGAAGAAUACUUACGUUUAUUAAGUUUAACAUGGAGCAAUCAUAGUAUUCGAUCUAGUCUCAUCCGACAAUUAUUUAUUGUACUUGAUCGAACGUAUGUUUUACAUACUACCAAUGUAUUGAGUAUUUGUUGUGUGAAUGGUUUACUCAAAAUGAUCGAACAAGAACGGAAUGGCGAAACUAUUGAUCGAAGUUUAGUAAAAAGUCUUGUGAAAAUGUUGCUUGAUUUGCAGCUUUAUCACAAAGAUUUUGAGGUAUUAUUUUUACAAGCCACUGGACAAUUGUAUUACAAUGAAGGAAGACAGUUAAUUCAAACACUCGAGAUUAAUCAAUAUUUAAAACAUGUUGAAAAACGUUUGCAAGAAGAAAAUUUACGUUUAACACAUUAUAUCGAUCAUUCAACAAAGUAUUUAACGGCUUGGUUAGCUAAUUCUGCUACCGGAAGUGGCUCUAAUUCAUCAUGUGGAAAAGAAUCUUAUUACUGUACAUGUCUGGAAUUGCUGAUAGAUGAAAAUCGUAGAUCGUCCAUUUCGCUUAUGCACUGUUUAUUAUCUCGUAUCGGAAUCACUGGUACUACUGAUUUACGUGAAGCGUUUAGUAACUAUAUAAAAAAUCGUGGUCGUUCAUUGAUAAUCAAUCCAGAAAAAGAUGCCACAAUGGUACAAGACUUGUUAGAUUUUAAAGAAAAAUUAGAUUUGAUAUUACACGAAUGUUUUCAUGAUAAUGACAAAUUUUCCAAUACACUUAAAGAUUCAUUUGAAUUUUUUAUUAAUCAACGUGUCAAUAAACCUGCAGAGCUAAUCGCAAAACAUGUCGAUUCAAAGUUGCGAGCAGGAAAUAAAGAAGCAAGUGAAGAAGAAUUAGAAAAAAGUUUAGAUAAAAUAAUGGUAUUAUUUCGUUUCAUUCAUGGUAAAGAUGUAUUUGAAGCAUUUUAUAAAAAAGAUUUGGCUAAACGUUUAUUAGUGGGAAAAAGUGCAUCGGUUGACGCUGAAAAAUCAAUGUUAUUAAAACUGAAACAAGAAUGUGGUAACCUUUUUACAAGUAAAUUGGAAGGCAUGUUUAAAGAUAUGGAACUAUCUCGUGAUAUUAUGCUCGCUUUUGAACAAUCUACUCACAUUCGAGAAAUAUCAGGGAAUAUUACUAUGACAGUGAAUAUUUUGACUAUGGGAUUUUGGCCAACAUAUCCGGUCGUACAAGCCAAUUUGCCACCAGAAAUGUGUCGAUUUCAAGAAACAUUUACGCGUUUUUAUUUGAGUAAACAUAAUGGACGAAAAUUACAGUGGCAAUAUUCAUUAGAUCAUUGUUUAAUUAAAGGUUAUCUUAAAGACAAAAAAGCUAUGAAAGAAUUUCAAGUAUCAUUGUAUCAAGCACUUGUUCUUCUAUUAUUUAAUUAUACAGAAGAACUUAGUUAUAAAGAAAUAGCCGAACAAACAAAAAUAGAAGAAGUUGAAUUACAGCGAACGCUGCAGUCAUUAGCAUGUGGAAAAAUUCGUGUGAUGAAUAAAAAACCGCCGGUAUGUGAAAGAUUGUGUAGCAAAGAUGUUAGUACGAAUGAUCAUUUUACCUUGAACACAUCAUUCGAUCAUAAAUUAAUUCGAAUUAAAAUAAAUCAAGUUCAAAUGAAAGAAACACCGGAAGAAAAUACGUCGACAACCGAACGUGUAUUUCAAGAUCGACAAUAUCAAAUUGAUGCAGCAAUCGUCAGAAUAAUGAAAACACGAAAAACAUUAGCACAUAAUAAGCUAAUAACAGAAGUUUAUGCACAAUUAAAAUUUCCUAUUAAGUCAGUGGACCUCAAGAAACGUAUCGAAAGUUUAUUAGAACGUGAAUAUAUGAAACGUACUGAACAAGAUCCAAAUGUUUAUGAAUAUGUUGCUUGA